AUGGCCACUCCCAAUCAAAAGUCCGCCCAAGGGCCAGCGCCCGGCAGCAGCAAUGCCAUGCCCCUAACCUCAGAGUUCCAGCUCGUGUCAUCACUAGCAAAACUACAGGAUCUUGAAAAGAAGAUCCAUGAACUGCGGACAUUCAUGCCACACGGUCUAUUAGAGCCGCUGGUGCCAAUUGCAAACCCAGAGAAGGCAACGCUCGACAAUCCAAUUGCCGAGACGCCCAAGAUCCUGCGGGAUAGUCUGGAUGAGACGGCACGUGCGCGCGUCGCCGAUGUCCAGCAGUUCCAGUCCUUGUGGCGGGAUCCGGAGAUGCUAUCUGUCUGGUCGCAUGUUGAAUCCCGGAUUAAAGAAUCUAACGGACUGUUGCUUCAGCCGACGGGGAAAUGGGAAAGAGAUUACGAUGUUCUUCUGGAAGAACUGGCUCAGAAGGAGAAGUCUAAUGUGGAUGAGCGUACGCAAGAGGAAGAACACGUUGAGCGUGUCAAAGUGCAGUCUACGGAGGGCGAAUGGAAGAAUGUCUUGGAGCGAUUUGUUCAGCGGAAUGUACCCGGUGUACGGGUUAUCCAGGGCCAGGAUGGGCCUUCGCUGGCGGUGGCUCUUGUCAGGGCUGGUGUCGUGUUCCAAGUAAGAGGGGCUGCUGAGACUGGCUCUCCGGUGUCUGACUGGGAGGUUUCGAGUAAGGUCGCUGGUCGGCCACCUACCAAGCUUGAGAAUGCCAUACUCGGAUGUCUGGAGUCACGGCCGCGGAAAUGGGAUAUUGCGUUUUUGUUGGAUAUGAUCUCCUCAUACGCGGAUAUCAAGCAGACACCAUGUGUGAAAUGUAACCGUUUGACCAAUGACGCCGCUCAACUCCCGGUUCUGCGCCGUCCCCAGGCAAACCAACAGUUUGCCGAGGGAACACCGCGUAUAUACACCUUUGACGCAUUGCACUCUGGCUGUAUCUGA